AUGUGGCCGCAUCGCCUCCGCUCCACCCAGCGACCCGCCAGCGUCAGCAACGUGGCCGCUACGCUAACCCUGUUGAGACUGUUCUCCGCCCCACGCUACAAAGGACACCCUGCAACAAGCAUACGACUAGGCUGCGACGACUCUCACCACGGCAUGCUACGCUCCACGGCACGCUCUUGUUGCCCCACCUCCUGUGUUUGGCCCUGCGGAAUGUGCGCCCCACCGCAUUAUAUAUACGUGCCCCGUCGCAGAUCUCCACCGAUCUUGCCCGAUCCCUUCAGAUCGCACCACACCUCCACGCUCCACCCCCCAGCUGUCCAUGCUCGCCCACUCUACAUUCGCCCACUCCACGCUGCACGCCGUCGCCACUGCCCCCCCACGGACGCCAGACACUCCGCGGCGGCGGCACACGCGGCCCAUUCCACAUAUAUUCCUCCCCUGCUGCCUCACGUUUCUGCCUCCUACACACACGUUCCGUACACAGCCGCCCACGUCACUCCUCCUGUGUACGCGUCGCCUCUGGCUCAGCCGCUCUUUGCCAGAACUGAGGCCGUGCCGGCGCGCAAAAACAGCAUCGCCACCUUGCUAAACACAGCCGCCGAGCAGCCGCUGUUCUUGCCGUCGCUCCACUCUUCCUCGUCGCUCCACUCUUCCUCGGCGCUCCAUUCUUCCUCGUCGCUUCACUCCUCCUCCACCCUCCACUCCUCCAGCUCCGCUAGUUCAGCUUCCACGUCGCCUCUCCAGCCUCGUUCUUCGCUCCACGUCGCUGCCCACCUCCCCACCCUUGCAACCAUGUUCGAUUCCCAGGCAAGACUCUCCACACAGCCACCACAAAAAGUCAUUCUGCCUUCGAUCUCCUCGCAAUUCCUCCCCAUCUCCAACGGUCCGGCCACUUCCGCCAUAAUAACCCCAAUCUCAAGCCCCCCACAGUUGCCGCUCCAAUCCCCAGCAGCCGCUGCUCCUCCUCCUCCCGUGGAAUUCUCCGACUCUUUUCAAACUAUUAAUAUUCCAAAUUUACCCGCGCAGGCCGCAUCUCCUAAUUCCUCCCCCUCCUCCCCUGCUUCCUUACAAAGUAAACCAAUCAUUAGAAAAUACAAAUCCAAAUCAAACAAGAAAUUGCCCAAGCGCAAAGUCGCAAGACACCAGUGCAAGAUUUGUGGCAAACUAAUGACCAGAUCCAGUUCGUUACAAACCCACAUGUAUGUCCAUACAAACUAUAGACCUUUCAAAUGCAAUUGGGAAAAUUGUGGCAAGACUUUUAAUGUCAAGUCGAAUUUGAAUAGACAUUGCAAGUUACAUCUAAGACGCCAGGCAAAGACCACUGACGACGGUACAGGCGGCAACAAAUAA